AUGACAACUCUCUUUGACCAUAUUCUAGAGAAACAUCCAAGAUUUAGCGGGUCAGUAUCUAGUAAGGUAUACGAAUGUAUACAUUGCGCAGUCAAAAAAACCAAUAGGGCUACCUUUAUCAGGCACAUGAAACAACAUGAUACUCAAAAGUGUAUAAACUGUGACGUAACAUUUAAAACUAAAUUACGUUUAUAUCACCACAUUGUACAGAAGCAUCCUGAGCUUACUGCGUCUAUGUCUUAUAAGACAUUGACAAAACGUAUAAUAAAAUCUGCCAUGCACAUGUGCACAAAGUGUGACGCGUCAUUUAUUAAGAAAACGUCAUUACACAAUCACAUUUUACAGAAGCAUCCCGAACUCACUGCGUCUGUGUCUAGUAAAAUACAUGAAUGUACACAUUGUGAAUAUAAAACUGCAUACUCGCACUUUCUAGCGAGGCAUAACAUGAAGCAUACUGGCGUUAAGCUCACUUGUACAAAGUGUGAUGCGUCUUUUACAAGAAAAGAAUCCUUGGACAACCACAUCUUGCAAAAACACCCCGAGUUUACCGCUUCGGUGUCUCGUAAGGUACACGAAUGCACACUUUGUGAAUAUAAAACUACGUACGUGCAGUAUUUAGCUAAGCAUACGAAGAAACAUAACAAAGCGAAGCUCUCGUGCACAAGUACACGCAUAGAGAAAACGCGGGGAAACGGACAAGAAAAUCCACCGAUUGAAGAAGGAAAACAGUACCGAUUAAAUAAAUAUUGUAUCAAAUGUAAUGAGGUGUUCACAAGCAAAAUCUUACUAGAUAAUCAUGUGAUUAGAAAGCAUGCCGACUUGAUUGCGUCAGUUACGUCUAAAAUACAUGAAUGUAAAUACUGUGGUUUCAAAACCGUACUUAAAAAAUGUAUAACCAGUCAUGUGUCGAAGCACACUAAUACUAAAGUAUUUGCCCUUCACAUAUGCAAACAUUGCAGUACGUCAUUUAAAAAAAUUACAACUCUCUUUGACCAUAUUCUAGAUAAACAUCCAAAAUUUAGCGAGACAGUUUCUAGUAAGAUAUAUGAAUGUAUACAUUGCGCAGUCAAAAAAACCAAUAGGGCUACCUUUAUCAGGCACAUGAGACAACAUGAUACUCAAAAGCCUUUAGAAUGCAUAAACUGUGACUUAUCAUUUAAAACUAAACUACGUUUAGAUCACCACAUUUUACAGAAGCAUCCUGAGCUUACUGCUUCUAUGUCUUAUACUUAUAAGACAUUGACAAAACGUAUAAUAAAAUCUGCCAUGCACAUGUGCACAAAGUGUGAUGCGUCAUUUAUUAAGAAAACGUCAUUACACAAUCACAUUUUACAGAAGCAUCCUGAGCUGACUACGACUGUGUCUAGCAAGAUACAUGAAUGUACACGUUGUGAAUAUAAAACUACACAAACGCAUUGUUUAGUUAGGCAUAUCGUGAAACAUAAUAGAACUACCUUCACGGAUACGAAGUGUGAUACGUCAUCUACGUCAUUAGACAACCACAUUUUACAGAAAUGUUCUUUAUCUGCCCCACUUUCACAUGAGCAUCAGUUAGCUGAUCAUAUAAUAAAAGAAAAACGUAUUGAAGUUACGUGUACAAAGUGUGACGUGUCAUUUGCAAGUAAACAAUCUUUAGACAACCACAUUUUACAGAAGCAUCCCGAUCUUACCGCGUCUGUGACUAGGAGACAAGGUGAUAAUUUGACAGCUUGUAAGUCCAUGCUCAACACAAUACAUGAGCCGUUCUCUGCCAGAUCUUUAUCCUUUGCCUUCUCCUGCCUUGCUCUAUUUUUGUUUGCAAUUACACACGUAGAGAAAAAGCGGGGAAAGGGACAAGAUCCAUCGAUUGAAGAAGGAAAACAGUACCGUUUAAAUAAAUAUUGUUGUGUCAAGUGUAAUGAGGUGUUCAAAAACAAAAUGUUACUAGAUGAUCAUGUGAAGCAUCCUGAGCUUGCUUCUAUGUCUUAUAAGACAUUGACAAAACGUAUAAUAAGAUCUGCCAUGCACAUGUGCACAAAGUGUGAUGCGUCAUUUAUUAAGAAAACGUCAUUACACAAUCACAUUUUACAGAAGCAUCCCGAACUCACUGCGUCUGUGUCUAGUAAAAUACAUGAAUGUACACAUUGUGAAUAUAAAACUGCAUACUCGCACUUUCUAGCGAGGCAUAAUAUGAAGCAUACUGGCGUUAAGCUCACUUGUACAAAGUGUGAUGCGUCUUUUACAAGAAAAGAAUCCUUGGACAACCACAUCUUGCAAAAACACCCCGAGUUUACCGCUUCGGUGUCUCGUAAGGUACACGAAUGCACACUUUGUGAAUAUAAAACUACGUACGUGCAGUAUCUAGCUAAGCAUACGAUGAAACAUAACAAAGCGAAGCUCUCGUGCACAAGGUGUGAUCAGUCAUUUACGUUUAGAUCGUCGUUAAACAAUCACAUUUUACAGAAACAUCGUGAUGCUUUACUGUCGCAUGAGUGCGAAACUACGUCCAAGAAUCAGUUAGCUGAUUACAUAAUAAAAGAAAAACCUAUUGAAAUACCGUGUUCUAAGUGUGAUAUGUCUUUUAUGGAUCGAAAGGUAUUAGAUAAUCAUAUUUUACACAAGCAUCCUGAAUUUACCGCAACAGUGUCUAAUACGGUAUUAGAAUUGAAUAUGUAUACAUCAAAUACACGCAUAGAGAAAACGCGGGGAAACGGACAAGAAAAUCCACCGAUUGAAGAAGGAAAACAGUACCGAUUAAAUAAAUAUUGUAUCAAAUGUAAUGAGGUGUUCACAAGCAAAAUCUUACUAGAUAAUCAUGUGAUUAGAAAGCAUGCCGACUUGAUUGCGUCAGUUACGUCUAAAAUACAUGAAUGUAAAUUCUGUGGUUUCAAAACCGUAUUUAAAAAAUGUUUGACCAGUCAUGUGUCGAAGCACACUAAUACUAAAGUACGUAUAUUUGCCCUUCACAUAUGCAAACAUUGCAGUACGUCAUUUAAAAAAACUACAACUCUCUUUGACCAUAUUCUUCAGAAACAUCCAAAAUUUAGCGAGACAGUUUCUAGUAAGAUAUACGAAUGUAUACAUUGCGCAGUCAAAAAAACCAAUAGGGCUACCUUCAUCAGGCACAUGAGACAACAUGAUACUCAAAAGCUUUUAGAGUGCAUCAACUGUGACUUAUCAUUUAAAACUAAACUACGUUUAGAUCACCACAUUUUACAGAAGCAUCCUGAGCUCACUGCUUCUAUGUCUUAUAAGACAUUGACAAAACGUAUAAUAAAAUCUGCCAUGCACAUGUGCACAAAGUGUGAUUCGUCAUUUAUUAAGAAAACCUCAUUACACAAUCACAUUUUACAGAAGCAUCCUGAGCUUACUACGACUGUGUCUAGCAAGAUUCAUGAAUGUACACGUUGUCAAUAUAAAACUACACACACGCAUUGUUUAGUUAGGCAUAUCGUGAAACAUAAUAGAACUACCUUCACGGAUACGAAGUGUGAUACGUCAUCUACGUCAUUAGACAACCACAUUUUACAGAAAUGUCCUUUAUCUGCCCCACUUUCACAUGAGCAUCAGUUAGCUGAUCAUAUAAUAAAAGAAAAACGUAUUGAACUUACGUGUACAAAGUGUGACGUGUCAUUUGCAAGUAAACAAUCUUUAGACAACCACAUUUUACAGAAGCAUCCCGAUCUUACCGCGUCUGUGACUAGUAAGAUACAUGAAUGUACACAUUGCGAAUAUAAAACUUCACACAAAUGGGGUUUAGCUAAACAUAUGUUAAAACAUACUGUGCGAACUACACGCAUAAAGAAAAAGCGGGGAAGGGAACAAGAAAAUCCACCGAUUGAAGAAGGAAAACGGUACCGAUUAAAUAAAUAUUGUUGUGACAAAUGUAAUGAGGUGUUUGAAAACAAAAUGUUACUAGAUAAUCAUGUGGUUAGAAAGCAUGCUGCAUCAGUUACAUCUAAAAUAAGAGAAUGUAAAUUAUGUGGUUUCAAAACCGUUUUUAAAAACUCUUUAACCAGACACAUAGCGAGGCACACAAAUAAAAAAAUAUCUGCCCUUCACAUGUGCACUCAGUGCAAUGCGUCAUUUAAAAAAGUGAAAUCUCUCUUUGACCAUAUUCUGCAGAAACAUCCAAACUUUAGCGGGACAGUUUCUGAUAAGAUUUAUGAAUGUAUACAUUGCGCAGUCAAAAAAACGAACAAGGCGAACUUUAUUAGGCACAUGAUGAAACACACCAAUCAAAAGCCCGUUGAAUGUAUAUACUGUGACGCAUCAUUUAAAACCAGACUACGUUUAGAUCACCACAUUUUACAGAAGCAUCCCGAGUUCACGACUUCGAUAUCUCGUAAAAUACGCGCAUGCCCACAUUGCGAAUACAAAACUACAGUCAUGCGAAGUUUUGCUAGUCAUAUGACAAAACAUACAGGAGUUAAGCUCGCGUGUACAAAGUGUGAUGCAUCAUUUACCUUUAAAGCCUCAUUAGACGACCACACUUUACACAAGCAUCCUGAAUUUAUUGCGUCUGUGUCCAGUAAAAUACAUGAAUGUACACAUUGCGAAUACAAAACGACGUUCUCGCAACAGCUAGCUAAUCAUAUGACGAAACAUAUUGUGACUGCCAAGAUUAUCUGCACAAGCUGCGACGCGUCAUUUAGAAGCAAGCAAUCGUUAGACAAUCACAUUUUGCUCAAGCAUCCUGAGAUUACCGCCUCUGUGGCUCGCAAGGUACACGAAUGUACGUACUGUGAAUAUAAAACUACAUACGUGCAUUGUUUAGCUAGGCAUACAAUAAAACACACUGGGCCUAAGAUCAUGUGUACAGAGUGUGAUGCGGCAUUUAAAAGUAAACAAUCUUUAGAAAACCACAUUUUGCUGAAGCAUCCUGAGUUCAUUGCGUCUGUGUCUCGUAAGAUAUAUGAAUGUAGGCUCUGCGAUUUUAAAACUACAGAAGCACGUGUACAAAUAAAGAAAAUGCGGGAAAAAGAACAGGAAAGUCAACGGUUCGAAGAAGGAAAACAGUCGUGUGUCAAAAGGAACAAUUGCCAUUUAGGAUCUAAUAUGGAAAGAUCGCGAUCUGUUUCCAAGAAACAGUCCCAACUAAAUAAACAUGUUUGUAUCAAAUAUAAGUUGUUCAAAAACAAAAUGUCUCUAGAAGAUCAUGUGGUGGAAAAGGAUGUCGGAUCUACUGCAUCAGACUCAUAUAAAAUACAUGAAUGUAAAUUCUGUGAUUUCGAAAGUGUUCGUAAAAAUAUUUUAACGAAGCACAUUUUGCUAAGACACACUAAUGACAAUGUUUCCGAACUGCGCAUAUGCGGACAUUGUAAAACGCCAUUUAAAAGAAAGCAAGCGCUUUUCGACCAUAUUCUAAGAAAACAUCCCAACCUAAGCGGAACAAUUUCUUGUAAGAUAUAUGAAUGUAUGCAUUGUGGGCUGAAAAAAACCACUAGGGCUAACUUUAUAAGGCACAUGACAAAACAUGAUACCCAAAUGCCGUUUGAAUGUCAAAUCUGUGAUGCCUCGUUUAAAACGAAACUACGUUUAGAUCACCACACUUUACAGACACAUCCUGCCUUUACGGAUUCUGUGUCUCAUAAGAUACACGAAUGUACACACUGUGAAUACAAAACUACACACACGGAGUUUUUAGGUAAACAUAUGAAAAAACAUACCGGAGCUAAGUUCACGUGUACAAUGUGUGAUGCCUUUUUCGCGAGAAAACAAACGUUGGAUCACCACAUUUUGCGGAAACAUCCCGGAUCUACCGCAUCCGUGUCCAAUAAGAUUCACGAAUGUACAUAUUGUGAAUAUAAAACUACACUCGGGAGCACGUUGGCUAUCCAUAUGGUGAAGCAUACCGGAGUUAAAGUGAAACAUACUUGCACAAAAUGUGGUGCGUCGUUCACGUUGCAAUAUUCGUUAGACAACCACAUUUUGCAUAAACAUCCCGAGACCACCGCUUCUGUGUCUAGUAAGAUACAUAAAUGUACACAUUGUGAAUAUAAAACUACAUACGCGAGGGAUUUAGUUGGGCAUAUCAUGAAACAUACCAAAGACGAGAUCAUGAUAAUAAUUGAUACAGCUACUACAGGCUUUCUUCGUGGACUUAAUUCAUUGAAACAAAGACUUUUAGAACAAAAGGGGCACUUUGCAGACGCAGAUCCGCACUGA